UCCGCGUCAGCUAUCAUUUAGUUCCCAGGACACAAGAAUAAAAUGAUUUUAGAAAACAAACAUGGUGUUCAGAGUUUGCCCUGUGAAGUUUUACAAAAAAUAUUCGAACUUCUUCAAGAUUCAGAUCUAACUGCAGCCUCCCUCGUGUCCAACUAUUGGAGAAAGGUGUCUGAGCGCAGUAUUAAAAAACUCUGUGUUCUUCUUAUACCGGAAGAUAUUCUUGCAGAAAUAAUUUCGGAAAAUAAGGGUUGUGACUGGGCAUGUAUAUGGUAUUGUUGGAUAAGGUCUAAACCUGGAAUCACAAACAGAUUUUGGCGAAAGUGCCCAAAAUUGAUAUCUAAAUCAAGCGAUCAGGACCAUGAGUAUCCAACACAAAAUCUAAGCUCGCUAGGUACAAGUGCAACAUACCAUUGAAGAUUUAAUAAAUUUAAUUAAUGAUAAUAUUAACAUG